GGGAGACCAUAUUUAUGUCUUGAUUUCUACAUUACGUUCGGAUUCGCAGAACGUAGGGUAUCGGUCAUUCGCGAAGUUGCGGAAGACGCAACAGAUGCAGAUCAUCCCAGUUCACGGGUAUCAGUUGGUGUGUGUCAUGUCAAACGAGCCGAAAAGAAGAGUAACGGUGAGUGGACACUGGAUCCGACAAGGAUUUACCGCAAGUUUUUGAAACCAGGACGACAUUCGCCUCCGAAUGAAUCUUCUUCAGAAUUAUAUCCAGGUCAACGACCGCCUCUAAGACGUCGACACUCAGCCACUGGACCGCUGCAGUUCGCUCGUGCUGCCAAGGAUUUCAUUGUUCGCGGUCGUAACGCUCGUUUCAAGCGGCAGUUCUCGGACAUCAGUCGAAGCAGUCUGCCGAGACCUCCAACUGAAUUCUUCGAGCCGUCUGAUACACCCGAGGUGCCUGAUCAUCUCAAACCAGAGAUCUUUUAUAUUCUUCAAUGCCUCAAGAUGUUGGAAUUGCCAACCGAUUGGACACUAGACCCUCGGGAUAUAAAUGCAGAGAAAUAUUUAGCGGGUGAUUAUAUCAUAAGACCCGGUGAUGUGGACGAUAGCAUUGUUGCGGUACUUGAUGGCUCAGUUGUAGUGUACAUCAAUCACGGCGAUGGAAAAGAUCUGAAAGAGUAUAAAGUGCGUCUUAUUGAAAAGGGCGAUUGUUUUUUCAGUCUUCUUUCAAUGCUCGAAAUUUUAUUGGAUCAUGAAAAUAAGUUUCGGAAUGUAUGUGUACGCGCCGGAACAGAUUGUCGUCUAGCAAGGUAUAAAAUUCGCAAUUUUCGUGACUCAUAUAAGAAAAAUGCAAAAAUUUGGACACGACCAAUUCAGAUUGCUAUCACACGAUUGCUACACGUCACACUCACAACGCUUCAUCAAUAUUUCGGUUUAAGUGAUGAGCUUUUCAAAAAGCGUGUCGAUGAUAAGCGCAGUGGUGAGGAGCGGGCACGGCAGCCAUCCGGUAAUAUAGGUUCGAUCCGCCGCAAACAAAGACCUCGCCAAAGACAGAGCAGCUGUGAAGAAUGGAACGAUCAACAUCAAAUCGCACGUAAAUGGAUGACCGAAGUACUGAAAGUGGAAGGGGAUAAAGAGGCGAUCAAGAUUAUAAAUGAACGAACAACGAUAAUGAGUAUUCCUGAGAAUCAUAUUGUUUCUGAGCAAAACACCGAUGAAGAACGUCUAAUUUUGGUCAUAAGUGGUACACUUGUUUUGUCGCAGGAAACAGUAUUCGAAGAUGAAGAAGCAAGUGACGAUGAAUGGCAUUCAAUGAUAUAUCCUCGUGAGUUGGUCGGUGGUUUGCAGCUCUUAACAAGUGAACCAUCGUUUCAUACGAUUCGAUCGCAUACACCGGCUACGAUCGCAGUGCUGACAAAAGAUGAUUUCGCUGAACUUCUUGAAGUGCAUCCUGAGGUGAUCCUGCCAGUAGCCGAAUCAGUGGUUCGUCGUCUGAGUCCAUUCUUAAGAAGUGUUGAUUUUGCUAUUGAUUGGGUGCUUCUUGACUCGGGUCAAGCUGUCUAUAGGAGCGGUGAUGCAUCGGACUCGUUGUUUGUGGUUUUGAGUGGUCGUUUGAGAUCAGUGGAAAAGAAGAUGGUAGUUGAAGAGUUCGGUAGAGGUGAUAUGAUCGGUAUGGUUGAGGUAUUGCAACGUGUACCUCGUGCAACCACUGUGCUGGCGAUUCGAUUCUCACAGUUGGCACGUAUCCCUGAAGGACUUCUCAAUUACAUCAAAAUGAAGUUCCCGCAGGUUGGAUUUCGUUUGGUUCACUUGUUGGGUCACUACUACAGUUCAACGCAUCGUCGUUCGUUGGCUGUCAACAACGCCUUCACUGACCAUCUGUCAGGUCCAAUCGGAGAUCCUCGCAGUCAUAUAAAGAAUCUACACACAGUGGCCGUGAUUGCGGCGUCUGUAGACGUGCCUGUAGUGCCGUUUACGUGCGAACUCUACAAUGCACUCAACGUCAACAUUCGUGUUCUGCGUUUAAGCAGUAAAAAGGUGGCCGAACAUCUCGACCCAAGCGUUCUUGAAAAACAAGCUGAUUUCCGUUUGAUGCAUUGGUUGAACGUACAAGAGGAUACGUUCCCGCUGGUGAUCUAUGAAUGUGACAGUAUGGCUACGAAUUGGACACGGAGAUGCUUGAGACAGGCUGAUGCAAUCCUGUUGGUUGCGAAUGGACAUCAGAAGCCAAUCAAACAAUCUUUCAUGGAAGAGUUUUUGAGUAUCAAUCCGGAUUGGGUUCGUACAAAUAAAGAGCUGAUUUUGUUGUGGGACGAAGAAACGAUCGCGCCACAAGGAACCAUCGAGUGGUUGAAAGGCAGUUGGUUCUCAGGACAUCAUCAUAUCAGAUGUCCAAAACGAAUGAAACAAUGGAAUCCGUCCACGGUGACUGAGAGUGAAGUGAUCUCGUAUUAUGAGGAGAAUGUUUUCUGGGAUAAAGUCGACAAUAAUUCUGAUUUUGCACGUCUCGCGCGUAUCCUGACCGGGAAUGCUGUUGGUGUAGUGUUGGGCGGUGGGGGAGCAAGAGGUGCAUCACACGUUGGUGUUCUACGAGCGAUUCGGGAACAUGGUAUUCCGAUCGAUUUCAUUGGGGGAACUUCGAUGGGAGCUCUUAUCGGAGGGUUGUACGCUGAAUCUGAUGUGGAUGUUGAACAACGUGCCAAAGAGUGGUUCAUGUUGAUGACCUCAUUGUGGCCAAAAAUAUGGGAUUUAACCUAUGCAUAUUCGGCGAUGUUCACGGGUGCGGGUUUCAACAAAACGAUCCAAGCGGCCUUCUCAGAUAUCACCAUUGAAGAUCUGUGGUUGUCCUAUUUCUGUGUCACCACCGAUAUAAGCUGGAAGGCAAGAGUUGAAGCGAUCGUCAUUCGAACUGAGGAACUUCGCUCAUGGCAGUUUGGCGUGAAACUGAAAGUGUUUAAAGUUGAUUCAUCUACUUUCAGUGAUUCGGAGAUGCGAGUGCAUCGUAAUGGUCCCUUAUGGGCGUAUUGUCGUGCCUCGAUGUCACUUGCGGGCUAUUUACCUCCGUUAUGUGAUCCUGUCGAUGGACAUUUAUUACUGGAUGGCGGUUAUGUGAACAAUCUACCUGCUGAUGUUAUGAGAUCGAUGGGUGCCAAAGUUGUGAUCGCAGUUGAUGUGGGUGCGAGAUCAGAGGAUAACUUAACAAAUUAUGGUGAUUCCCUGAACGGAUUUUGGGUUCUUUUCAACAAGUUGAAUCCAUUCAGCAAGCCUGUCAAAGUGCUGAAUAUGGAAGAAAUUCAGGGUCGCCUUGCAUAUGUGUCGUGCGUUCGGCAACUCGAACAAGUCAAAAAGGCACCGUAUUGUCAUUAUUUAAGACCACCAAUCGCUCAGUACGAAACACUUGAUUUUGCGAAAUUUGAUGCAAUAGAAGAGGUUGGUUACAAUUACGGAAUGGAAACAAUCUCGGAUUUGGUCAAAGGAAGUGGUCUGCUGAAGAAUAUCAUUGGACCUGAGGUGUUACGCUCGCUGAGACUGCGACAAGGACGUCAUGAAUUGGCCAAGCGGAGUGUCUACGAUCGCUCGUUGGCAUCGUCGUUCACCAAUUUGGCCGCUCGCGUCUCGAAAAUACCAAAAGCGGUCCCUAGCAAAGAAAGUAGCUCGAUUAGUGGUCAUUCAUCUGAGGAUGAACUGAGUGAAGAUGAUCUAGACGGGUACGUUAGUGAGCCGUGUUCAAAUAGUUAUCAGUUGCGACGUUCGUCACGUCUGAUGUACAUCGGUGAUGAUGACCUCGAGCAGACCAGUGAAGAGGAGCACAGUGGAGGAGCGAUCACGCCGCAACGAUCGUAUUCUUUGUCGAAAUCCGAACAGUGCGAGCAAUUCAUCGAAUGCAAACAGUCCAAAAUUCGCAUCAGAUCGGCCAUGUCAAUACCGGCAAGUGUCAAAAUGACUGCAUCACUGACACGACGACAGACGUGUGUUGCUGAAAUGCUGAUCACGAAAGGCGCCGCUUCUGUGGAACAAUCGAGCGCGAAAAGAAAGUUGGCCGCAGCGAUGUCUCAUGCGCGGAAACGUCAUCGAACGAUGACCGAUGUUACGGAUGAGUUGUUCCGAUUCAACGAUAUACUCCGUGAACUGGGCGCCUCUACACAUGCUGAUGAUAAACUAUAUGUGGAACGUCCCGAAAAAAAUGCACUGGUGACGAAGUCAUCUGAUGCUGUUGUUUGUGAUAGAGGUGAGUAG